UAAGCUUAGUUAUAAAAAUUCUAGAUUUUUUAUUUCUAAGAACCUUAAUUCAUCAUUCACCAUGUCAACCAUGAAUUUCUUUUCACUAAGAGACAUGCAUGAUUCCGCAAAUGACAUGCUUUGUUCGCCUAGCCUAAAACGAGCCCUUUCCCAUCAAGAACAAGACCAAAUGGUUGUUGAACAAUUUUCCGAAUCCUCUUUGAAGAUGUUGGAUUCUUGUGGAAGAACCAAAGACAUUGUCAUUCUUGUCAAAAAUCACAUCCAAGAACUCCAAUCCACGUUUCACCGAAUCACUCUUGGUGGAAAAACCACGGCGGAAAAGGAGUUCUCAGCGUACCAUCUACAUAGAAAAGAUUUGAAGAAACAAAUGUUAAAGCGGCUAAAAUCACUAAAAAUGACCAAAGACACAAGCACAAGCAAUGUGUAUGACGACGAUAACCUAGCGAUUGUGGCAAAUGUGUUGGCGGAAGUCAGAGACACGAUCACUUCACUUGUGGAGUCACUAAUGUUACUUAUGUCCAUGCCAAGACCUCACCCUAAAGAUAGAAAAUCGAUGAAUUUUAAUGGGUUAAUUGCGGCGAAAGCAAAGUUUGUGAGGAUGAAUAGUUUGAGUCCAUGGGAGAGGUGCGACGUGCAUGCGGUUAGGCAUGUGAUAGAGAGAUUGGAAGCUGUGGAGAGUGCUGUGGAAGAUUUGGAGGUUGAAUUGGAGUGCAUCUUCAAGAGAUUAAUAAGAACUAGAGUUUUGUUACUUAACAUACUCUCCGAUUAA